AUGGAGCCUCUUCAUCGGUGCAAAAAGCUCACCAAAGCAACCGAAAGUCGCAAGAGAACUGACAACGGCCACGUGGACACCACUGUAGCUUACGACGAUUUCGAAUACGCAGCCCCUAGAUAUCGACCUCUAAGGAUAAACGCACUCUGCCGGUUAACCAAAUUUACUAAAUCAGAAAUAAAAACAAUGUAUCAAGGAUUUAAACAGGUUUGUCCGACGGGAGUGGUAAGCGAAAGUGCAUUUAAAGACAUUUUUAAUUCCUAUUUUCCCCAGGGAGAUGCCUCACUAUAUGCACACUACGUGUUCAAAGUUUGUGAUCAGCAGAAAAAUGGUACAAUUACCUUUGAGGACUUCCUAACGGGGCUUUCCAUGAUGACGCGCGGUGCCACAAUCGACAAGUUGCGAUGGACGUUUCGACUGUACGACAUCGAUGGUGAUGGACGAAUCAGUCGCGACGAGAUGCGAGAGAUCAUUAACAGUAUUUAUCUUAUGCUGGGCAAGUACAUCGAACCUUCCGUGGAUGAAGACACUGCAACACAGCAUGCUGACAAAGUAUUUAGGAGGCUGGACCUAAAUCAAGAUGGCUAUGUUACUUUUGAUGAGUUCUUGGACACGUGUCAAAAAGACGAAAACAUCAUUAGUUCAAUGCAAUUACUAGAUACGGUGCUGUGA